AAGUUGCAAAAAUUAAGGUAAGAGAGAGAGAAUUAAAAAAAAAAAAAAAAAAAAACAAAUCAUAUUUAAUACCUUUACAUGUGCUUGUCAUAGAAAUAAAUUUAUGCUUCUCCACAUAGAAUAAUUCCAAAAAAAAAAAAAAACUUUCUCCAUUUCCUCUUAAGUUCCCAAUUUUUUUUUUUCAAGAAUGAGGGAUUUUGCUUCUUGUUCUAGUUAUUCAAACACUUCCUGUUUCCCUCAAAAUUCUUCAAAUACCCUUUCAACACAAAACAAUGUAACAUGUUUGUAUAGGGUAAUUUUGUCCAAUAAAAAACAAUUCUUGAUCACAGUAUCAUGGUCCAAAACAAAUGUGUCACAAAGUUUGUACAUACAAUUUGAUGAUAACCCUUCAAAUUCCUUCAAACUCAGCGCGAAUUCGCGUAUUUUCAAGAAAAAAAAGGGGAGUAAAGCAAUUGAAUUCGACGAUGAUCAUACUAAAGUUGAAGUCUUUUGGGAUUUAUGUGAAGCUAGGUAUAACCACAACAUGUCUAGUCCUGAACCUAUUGAUAAGUACUAUGUUGUUGUCACAUUUGGCUCUGAACUUGGGUUAAUUCUUGGUGACAUAGAUGAAACAAAGUUCAAGAAUUGCAAUGGUAUAGCCAAAUUUAGUCUUAUUUCAAGACAAGAACAUUUUUUGGGCAACACCCAUUAUUCAACAAAGGCAAAAUUUUGUGGCAAUGGUUCAAAACAUGACAUAUUAAUAAGUUGUCAUCAUCAUGAUCAUGCUCACAAUUCUCCUGUUUUAUCAGUUUGUAUUGAUAAGAAGAUGGUGAUAAGAGUGAAAAGGUUACAAUGGAAUUUUAGGGGGAAUCAAAGUAUUUACUUGGAUGGUUUGUUUGUUGAUUUUAUGUGGGAUGUUCAUGAUUGGUUCUUUAAUACAACCAAUAGUAGUAGUAGUAGUUGUUGUGGUGUUUUCAUGUUUAGAACAAGAAGUGGAUUGGAGAGUAGUAGAUUGUGGUUAGAAGAAGAUAAAGACAAGUUGUUGAUGCACAAGAAUCAAGAUAAAGUUCAGUUCUCAUUCAUCAUCUAUGCAUGUAAGAGCACAUAACUUUUUUUUUAUGGUUUUUCAUCUUGUGUUCGAUUUUCGUUGUUACUUAUCGUGAUUAAUUUGAGUUUACAUCAUAACGAUUUAUUUUUUUCUAUUCUAUGGACUUGAAUUUGGUAUCUCCAAUUAUAGAUGGAGAAAUUCUAUUCAUCCCACUAUAUUUUUCGGUGAGG